AUGUAUCGCAGCGCCGUCCGGUCAACGCCCCGCGCCCUGAGCGCCGCCCGACAGUCGGCAAUUCGCGCAGCUCCCCGACGAUUCGCCUCGACAGCACCCGCCGACAAGCCCCGGACAUGGAAGGGCGCAGCACUGAGAUGGGGUCUCGCAGCCGGUGCCCUCUACUGGUAUAACACGAGUCCAGUCUUCGCCGAGGAGCCCCUCUCCCGAACAAUCGCCGCCCCGUCCCAAUUCUCCGACUCUGAUCUCACGACCGUCGAUGCGAUUGUCGAGGAGAAGCGCAAGCGGGCCAUCGUGAAGGCGGAGGAGGCCAAGCCUGCCGCCGCCGCCGCCCCCGUGCCCACAGAAUCAAGCGAACAAACCAAGGCGGCACUCGAGGUUGAGGGCGCCGAGGGCGUCCCGGCCCCAGCUCCUGGUUCCCCCGAGGCAUUGGAGGCCGAGGCUGAUCAGCAGGGUGCAUUCAACCCCGAGACGGGCGAGAUCAACUGGGAUUGCCCGUGCCUUGGCGGCAUGGCUGAUGGCCCCUGCGGCGAGGAGUUCAAGGCUGCCUUCAGCUGCUUCGUCUACUCCAAGGAGGAGCCCAAGGGCAUGGACUGCAUUGAGAAGUUCCAGGGAAUGCAGACAUGCUUCCGCAAAUACCCCGAGGUCUACGGUGACGAGCUGGCCGACGACGAAGGCGCCGAAGACGCCGCACCCGCCCUCGACGCCAAUACCGACGCCACGAUUGCGCCGCCUACCAAGGCCGUCGAGGAGAAGAAGGAGGACAACAAGGAGACCAACAAAGAGGCCAAAGCUGAGUCGGAGGAGAAGAAGCCCGCGGCCGAGAAGCAGGAGAAGAAGACCCCAGCCGCUCCCUCGCCUGAGCCUGUUGACCUCACCAAGCCCAACAACAAGGCAACGGAUGCGACCGCGGCAAACAACAUCUAA